CCUUUCCCACCACAGACUCUCUCUUUCCCUCCCCAAAAUCUGUUCUUUUCCCCACUUCUCCUAUGGCUACCCUGUCCGUCGGAGACCCGGAUUCCUGGCUUCCACACAAGCCCGAGUUCACCUUCCCCUCCGAGUUCCCCUACGACUUCGACUCGUCCCCUGACUCUGACACCUGCGGCGAUGAGGACGACUUCUUCGCCGGGUUGACUCGCCGCCUCACCCAGCAACUCACCUUCAAGUCACCGGAGAACCGGGUUGUGGUCGGGUCGCCCGAGUCCACGCUCAACGGGUUGGGGAGCAUGUCGGUUUCCAGCAACGGCAGCCCCAACGGCGCCUUGUCUCCUACAACUACUCCGGCUCCAAUUGGUGCUAAGAACGACGCUUGGGAUCUGAUUUACGCCGCUGCAGGGCAAGUGGCGAGGCUGAAGAUGUCUCAGAGGAUUCCAACUGGGUCGGUUUACUCCCUCGGCCAUAAUACCCCUCAGAUUCAGCAGUUGAGGCUUGAACAGGGGACUCCGAAUGGACAGUGGCCGUCAGUCUGGGAGAGGCAACAACAACAACAACAACAGCAAGUGAAGGCCGCUGCCUGGCCGAAGCUUCCUCCUCCCCCGCCGCCGUCGCAGUCGCAGAUCUCGUGCGGCGGUGGCGUGUAUGACAGCAGUAGAUUUGUUGUCCGGCCUCCUCCUCUGUCUCAGGCUCAGGCGCAGUCUUGCUGGCCUCCACUUCAAGCGAAUCGCCCCCAGUACCCACAUAACCAGGCGGCGGGGAGUUUAAAUUCGGGGACGAGGGCGGCGGCAGGGUUUGUUGGAGUUGGAUAUGGUUCCAGUAAUGGCGGUGCCGGUGCGAAAAAGGAGUGCGCUGGAACAGGGGUUUUCCUUCCGCGUAGAUAUGGAACCCCUGUGCCCGAUUCGAAGAAGAAACCUUCUCCUGGGGUUAUCGUGCCGGCGAAGGUCGUCCAUGCACUCAACUUGAGUUUUGACGAGACGGCGACUUGUAACGGCCAGGGUCAGCCUCCACGGUUUAACGCAUCCUUCGCCGCUGAUUAUGCGUCUCUGCUGGCAAGAAGGAACUUGAUUUUGCAGCAGCAGCAGAAGAGAGCAAUGCAGCCAGAAAGUGGGUUCUUCAGCCAUGAAAUUGGGAGGCUGCCUCAGGAGUGGACGUAUUGAUCCAUUUCAAAAUGGAUGAU